AUUUCUGUAUCUUCGAAAAACUUGUUUCCCCCCCCCUCUCUCUCUCUCUCUCUCUCUCUCUCGCUCUCUCUCUCUCUCGCUCUCUCUCUCUCUCUCUCUCGCUCUCUCUCUCGCUCUCUCUCGCUCUCUCUCUCUCUCGCUCUCUCUCUCUCUCUCUCUCUCUCUCUCUCUCUCUCUCUCUCUCUCUCUCUCUCUCUCUCUCACCCAGGCUGAUUACUGCGUCAUGGGACAAGACCCUAAAUGCAUGGGACCUGGAGACUGGCAAGAUCAUUUGGACUGCACCUCAGGCUGGUCUCCUGACCUCAUGUAGCGUCUCAGAGGACGGGAAGUACGUGGUCUCCUCCUGCGACCCGGAGAGCGCAAUCUGCCUGACCUCGGCUGAUACAGGGGAGAGGCUCUUCCACAUCAAAGAUCACCACAAGUCUACGAUCACGCGGUGCCGGUUUGACCCUCAGAGUCAGCACGUAGCCAGUGUCUCUGUAGACAGAACCAUCAAACUGUGGGACCUGGUCUCCACCAAAACCACCCUCUCCAUCAACAGCACCCACACCAACGUCGUGUCUAACUGCUGUUUCACUGCUAACGGACGCUACUUGUGCACUGCAUCAUGGGACAAGACACUGCAGCUGUGGGACGUCCAGACGGGAACAUUCCGUUCCCACGGUGGCCUGACCCUUAGCAAGGGACACGAUGGAUCCGUCAGCUCCUGCACCUUCUCCAUGGAUGGGUCAGUCCUGGUGUCUGGGGCGUAUGAUAGAACAGUGGCUGUGUGGAACAUGGAGACCCUCUGCAAGACCCUGGAGUUGAAGGGACAUGCAGAUUGGGUGACAGAUGUGGCAAUCAGUGCUGACAAAAAAUGGGUGGCCUCAGCUUCCAAGGACACCACUGUCAGGUUGUGGAAUAUAGAGCACUCUGAGGAGAUACCUGCCGUUAUUGAGACCCGGAAGGCUCAGGGAAUGGGCUAUCAUAUCCUCCAGUGUGAGGAGUGUGGAAAGGCUUUCUCCAUUUCCCGACUGGAGAACUCCGACUUGGUCACAAAGUGUGUGUUCUGCCGAUUGAAGACGGAAACCAGAUCCCAUCUUCAACCUCCUCCUCUGUCGUCUAGUGUUCUGCCGAUUGAAGACAGAAACCAGAUCCCAUCUUCAACCUCCUCCUCCGUUGUCUAGUGUUCUGCAGAUUGAAGACAGAAACCAGAUCCCAUCUUCAACCACCUCCUCUGUUGUCUAGUGUUCUGCAGAUUGAAGACAGAAACCAGAUCCCAUCUUCAACCACCUCCUCUGUUGUCUAGUGUUCUGCAGAUUGAAGACAGAAACCUGAUCCCAUCUUCAACCUCCUCCUCUGUGGUCUAGUGUUCUGCAGAUUGAAGACAGAAACCAGAUCCCAUCUUCAACCUCCUCCUCUGUGGUCUAGUGUUCUGCAGAUUGAAGACAGAAACCAGAUCCCAUCUUCAACCUCCUCCUCUGUUGUCUAGUGUUCUGCAGAUUGAAGACAGAAACCAGAUCCCAUCUUCAACCUCCUCCUCUGUUGUCUAGUGUUCUGCAGAUUGAAGACAGAAACCAGAUCCCAUCUUCAACCUCCUCCUCUGUUGUCUAGUGUUCUGCCGAUUGAAGACAGAAACCAGAUCCCAUCUUCAACCUCCUCCUCUGUCGUCUAGUGUUCUGCCGAUUGAAGACAGAAACCAGAUCCCAUCUUCAACCUCCUCCUCUGUCGUCUAGUGUUCUGCCGAUUGAAGACAGAAACCAGAUCCCAUCUUCAACCUCCUCCUCUGUUGUCUAGUGUUCUGCCGAUUGAAGACAGAAACCAGAUCCCAUCUUCAACCUCCUCCUCUGUUGUCUAGUGUUCUGCAGAUUGAAGACAGAAACCUGAUCCCAUCUUCAACCUCCUCCUCUGUGGUCUAGUGUUCUGCAGAUUGAAGACAGAAACCAGAUCCCAUCUUCAACCACCUCCUCUGUUGUCUUGUGUUCUGCAGAUUGAAGACAGAAACCAGAUCCCAUCUUCAACCUCCUCCUCUGUUGUCUAGUGUUCUGCAGAUUGAAGACAGAAACCAGAUCCCAUCUUCAACCUCCUCCUCUGUUGUCUAGUGUUCUGCAGAUUGAAGACAGAAACCAGAUCCCAUCUUCAACCUCCUCCUCUGUUGUCUAGUGUUCUGCCGAUUGAAGACAGAAACCAGAUCCCAUCUUCAACCUCCUCCUCUGUCGUCUAGUGUUCUGCCGAUUGAAGACAGAAACCAGAUCCCAUCUUCAUCCUCCUCCUCUGUCGUCUAGUGUUCUGCCGAUUGAAGACAGAAACCAGAUCCCAUCUUCAACCUCCUCCUCUGUUGUCUAGUGUUCUGCCGAUUGAAGACAGAAACCAGAUCCCAUCUUCAACCUCCUCCUCUGUUGUCUUGUGUUCUGCAGAUUGAAGACAGAAACCAGAUCCCAUCUUCAACCUCCUCCUCUGUUGUCUAGUGUUCUGCAGAUUGAAGACAGAAACCAGAUCCCAUCUUCAACCUCCUCCUCUGUUGUCUAGUGUUCUGCAGAUUGAAGACAGAAACCAGAUCCCAUCUUCAACCUCCUCCUCUGUUGUCUAGCGUUCUGUCGAUUGAAGACAGAAACCAGAUCCCAUCUUCAACCUCCUCCUCUGUUGUCUAGCGUUCUGCCGAUUGAAGACAGAAACCAGAUCCCAUCUUCAACCUCCUCCUCUGUUGUCUAGUGUUCUGCCGAUUUGAAGACAGAAACCAGAUCCCAUCUUCAACCUCCUCCUCUGUUGUCUAGUGUUCUGCCGAUUGAAGACAGAAACCAGAUCCCAUCUUCAACCUCCUGCUCUGUUGUCUAGGAAUUGAAUGUAUUAUUUUAUAAUGCUUGUAUGUUACUGUAUAUAACUAAGUCCUGUGUUUAUGGAGUAUUAUAUCCUGUUAAAACUGUAUUUGUUGAUUGAUUUUGUCAGACAAUAACUAAAGUAUCACUGCAUCGCAGCGCUAGCUGUGCCACCAGAGACUCUGGGUUCGAGUCCAGGCUGUAGCAGCCGGCCGGGAGACCCAUGGGGCGGCACACAAUUGGCCCAGCGUCGUCCGGGUUAGGGGAAGGUUUGGCCCAGCGUCGUCCGGGUUAGUGGAGGGUUUGGCCCAGCGUCGUCCGGGUUAGUGGAGGGUUUGGCCCAGCGUCGUCCGGGUUAGGGGAAGGUUUGGCCCAGCGUCGUCCGGGUUAGGGGAAGGUUUGGCCCAGCGUCGUCCGGGUUAGUGGAGGGUUUGGCCCAGCGUCGUCCGGGUUAGGGGAAGGUUUGGCCCAGCGUCGUCCGGGUUAGGGGAAGGUUUGGCCCAGCGUCGUCCGGGUUAGUGGAGGGUUUGGCCCAGCGUCGUCCGGGUUAGGGGAAGGUUUGGCCCAGCGUCGUCCGGGUUAGUGGAGGGUUUGGCCCAGCGUCGUCCGGGUUAGUGGAGGGUUUGGCCCAGCGGCGUCCGGGUUAGUGGAGGGUUUGGCCCAGCGUCGUCCGGGUUAGUGGAGGGUUUGGCCCAGCGUCGUCCGGGUUAGGGGAAGGUUUGGCCCAGCGUCGUCCGGGUUAGUGGAGGGUUUGGCCCAGCGUCGUCCGGGUUAGGGGAAGGUUUGGCCCAGCGUCGUACGGGUUAGUGGAGGGUUUGGCCCAGCGUCGUCCGGGUUAGUGGAGGGUUUGGCCCAGCGGCGUCCGGGUUAGUGGAGGGUUUGGCCCAGCGGCGUCCGGGUUAGUGGAGGGUUUGGCCCAGCGUCGUCCGGGUUAGUGGAGGGUUUGGCCCAGCGUCGUCCGGGUUAGGGGAGGGUUUGACCGGCAGGGAUGUCCUUGUCCCAUCGUGCAUUAGCGACUCCUGUGGCGGGCCGGGCGCAGUGCACGCUGACCAGGUCACAAGGUGUUUCCUCCGACACAUUGGUGCGGCUGGCUUCCGGGUUAAAGUGGGCAUUGUGUCAAGAAGCAGUGCGGCUUGGUUGGGUCGUGUUUCACGGCUCUCGACCUUCACGUCUCUCGACCUUCGCCUCUCCUGAGUCCGUACGGGAGUUGCAACGAUGAGACAAGACUGUAACUACCAAUCGGAUACCACAAAAAAGGGGUAAAAAAAUAUGUAAUAAAAUAAAAUAGAAAUAUCUAAAGA